AUGCCGGAAGCACCAAACAAACACGCUUCAACUUCUUCGAGGCAAGACUUUAUUGCCAAGAUUCGUUACAACAAUGAUCUUCCUCCCCCUCCAUGUGCACCAAAGCUGCUUAAUUACACGAAUGUGAAGGAUCCGCAGUCUUUGGAGUCGACGACGUUUCUCAGCGGGCUUUUUAGAACGGAGAAUUUUGGCAAUUUGGUGCCUUUGAACGAUGAUUUGGGAAUGACGAUGAAUGUUAUGAAAAUGCCAGAAUGUAUUGAGAAAAACAGUAUUUCGUCAUUGGGUGCCCUCACACCUGAAUAUGGCGAUGGGCUCAAUCUCCAUCCAAGCGACCAGCUCCUUUUAACCGACCCGGUGAGAAGCACAACGGUGAAAGGUGAAACAGUGCCUUUUCUUCGCAGAACUCAGUAUAUUGCAGCAGACAAGACACAACUCCCCUCAAGAUACUCGGCAGGCACCAUCAGCACCGCUUCGGCCACUAGGAGCAUACUUCAGAAGAAGAUGCAGUUGAAGAAAGGCGAGGAAUUGGACCCAAAGGAGCAGUUGCAUGCAGUUGAGUCGAUGUUUGACACAACUGUGUUUGAAGGGAAAGUGGAGAAGUUGAGGCACCCAAUAAGGAAAAACCUCAGGGCCAAGAGGGUCUGGAACUUCUUGCCCGACACGUCGAUGCUGGACCAGAAGUUUUACGAUGUCAAAUUCCUCUCUUCCGCGUCGAUUCGGAAGGGUAAAAGUAAAAAAGAAAGUGGCAUCAAGUCGGAAAACGACCCCAGGUUGCUCACAUCGAUGUUUCGGGAGAUUAAGGUUAAUGCAGGCACGACCUUGGUGUCGUGCUAUACGACAAAUACGGAUAGUGCCAAGGAGAUACGGACGCAGCUCAACGACGAGAAUGAAAACGCACCAAUCAGCAAGCAGGAGGCCGAGGAUUCCGCCGGAACCACAUCCUACACAUACGACAAGGUCCGUGACUAUGACGGCAAGGUCAAGCCGUUUGCGGACUCCGAGAAACUUCGCCAUCUGGCCAUCACGUUCAACGAGAAGACGAAAACGGCAAUGUACAUUCCUCUUUCCGGAAAGCUGGAGCUCAGAAAGGGAAGAAUCGAUCCAUAUCUUGAGCCCAAGGUCCGCGAGAUGUCGUAUGACCAGAUAUAUCUUUCUAUUAGAGAGCCCACCAGGGAAGAAAUCGAUUAUAGGGAUAUGCUGCGGAGUGAUUAUGAUCCGAUGGAGUUUGGGGCAGAAGAUGAGGAGACGGGAAAAGGGGAUGAUGAGAAGGAGGAGGAAAAAGAGAAAGAGAAAGAUGAUAAAGAGGAUAAAGAGACUUCCGAGCACAAGAACUGA